CAUAGUUCAGGGCACUCCUUUUAGUGGUCGUACUCAUGCCUUUGACGAGUAUAUGAUAUGGUUUCGUCGCAUCACGAGGUUACGCCUGACGAAUCCAUCGAGGCGACCACCUUCUACACAUUAUCAGCCUGCGUCUGCAGAUAUAGUACUGGCACAUACUUUAUCUGAUAUUGCUCAUAGGUGCGGUACUGUGCUAGAGGCUUCUGAGUCAUUGCCUCCAGAUAUGGUGCGUGACUUGUAUGCGCAGACAUUGCAGACUAUGAGGGGACUGUGUGUUGAUGUUGUUGGCCGAGCUGGACAUGGCCACAUCGUACAGGGCGUGCCUACUUCUGCUGGAUAUACAUCGACUUCUACAUCUUCUACGUCUGCUGCCCAUAUAUCUACCACGUCAGCUUUGCUUUCACCUCCAGUCACUCAGAGGGCCUAUCGACGACGUUCUGACACUACUCCCCCUUCUCUUGAUGCCAUUGCAGAGACUCAUGAAACACACCUAGCUCAUCUACACCUUCACAAAAGAAGAAGAGAGGUGAUCAAUGUGUGGCUUAUAUUUGGUGUUGUUGAAUGGAAUUUGGUGCUGGAAUUGCAGGUUGGAUGCUUGUUUGGGAUUGCUGGAAUUUUUUUGGCUUUCUGCCAGUUGGCCAGUUAUGUGGAAACAAUGGAGUGA